AUGCUCCCAAAAGAACAAGUCAAUUCUCUGCUUCAGAAGGAAUCCCAAAUACUUGAGAAAGUUUUUCUUCUGGUCAGAUGUACCAAAGGGGUUGAAUGGAAAUAUCAGCAACCACGAUUGACAUCAGCUGAAGAAUGGAUUCUGAAAGCUGAUGAAAUUAUGUCUGACCUUGAAAAACUGACAGAUGAUAUUGUGCUUGCUGAAAGUUUCAAAGAGAUCAAUUUAACCGAAAGUGCUCAGCUGACGAAACGGCUCAUCGAUGUAUCCAACGCAAUCAAUAAUAUCACGAAGAACAUGUACAAAAUCGUCAACCACAGCCAAAAUGAGCGUCUGUUUGCUGCAAAAGUUGUAGCUCAGCAACGUAUCAAAACACUGUUGGUAGAUCAAGAAGAAGCAGAGAAGCUUCUUGAAUAUCGGACUAACUUCAUUCGACAAAACGAUGAGAAGAAAAAACAAGAAUUGAAAAGAAUGCGGGAGACAGAAAUUAUCGAAGAAAUGCGUUCUCAGGCUUUGAAAGAACACAAAAAAUAUCUGUCAUCACUGGAAGCCGUCAAAGCACUGGGAGAAGUUGAAGAAAACACUGUCAUAUCAAACGAUUCACUCGCAGAUGAUGUCACGCUUACAGAAGGGCAUCUUGAAAUCAGAAAAAGACGACGUUCACGAAGUCUAACUCGCAAAGUCGUCGGCACCAUCAAAGUUUAA